AUGGCAAUUAAGCUGGGCGAGACAAGACCCCCAAUCAGCACAGCAUGUUGUGGAGACCCACAGAGACAGAUGGGGUUGCAGAGAGUGGAUGCAGAGACAAGGAGAAUGGGCGAGUGCCCCCAGAUGGCGGCCAGCUACUUAUGGACAAAGAGAUAUCAUGUGAGAGCUGGUUUCUGUAUGGUCAGCCCACAGAGUGUGGUGGAUCCCUGCCGGACGGCCUUGCAGGCUAUCACUGAAGCGGCGUCCAGCUUCAGUUUUUGCCGUGCCUCCCUGGAGCACACAGUGUCUGCUGAGGAGCUGAGUUACCAGCUGCCACGCCGUGCCGGAGGCAGCAACCUGACCUGGCACGAUGGCCGCGGCCAAAAAACAGCACACACACGAACGGUCAAACUACUGCAGCAGCCCGGCACAGAGGGCAUCCAGUUGCGACCGGGUGAAGCCUUCACUGUGUAUCACACCAGUCCGACGCUUUCUAGCCUGUCCAAACCUGUGGUGCUGUGGACUCAGCAGGACGUCUGCAAGUGGCUUAAGAAACACUGUCCUCACAACUACCUGACCUAUGUAGAGGCCUUCUCCCAUCAUGCGAUUACAGGACGGGCAUUGCUGCGUUUGAACGGAGAGAAGCUGGAGAGAAUGGGAAUUGUCCAGGAGACGCUGAGGCAGGAGGUUCUUCAACAAGUCCUCCAGCUGCAGGUCAGAGAAGAGGUCCGCAACCUGCAGCUGCUUAGUAGAACCUCCUUUGGAAACUUCUCUUAG